GUCGCGGCCGUUGAUGACGCUCGCUCGGUCCAUCGACCUCCCCUUGGGGUCUUUCGCGCCUACGCCCUGCUCUUCCCGCCAUCUUUGGCCCGCGCCCCAAGAUGGACCGAUUGAUGCGAAAAGACGAUGACGAUGGCCUGCCGCUGUACCAUAACUCGCAAGAGCCAGGGCCGCCGGCAGCACUCGGAGACAGCUCGCGGUCUUGGUCCACUUCGCCCCGAAUGAGCCCUCGGACGACAUCUGCGCAGUCAAGAAGCGUGGCUGAUGAAUACGCUUCCCUCACUCCGAUCGAAGUCGCCGCACGGCUGAACACGUCACUCACGCAUGGCCUCACGCCUGCGGAGGCGCUGUCGAGGUUACGCGACUAUGGCCCAAACGAGAUCCCCCACGACGAACCCGAGCCGAUUUGGCUGCGCUUUCUCAAGCAAUUUCAGGAGCCGCUCAUAGUCCUCCUGUUGGUUUCAGCUGGCGCAUCAGUGGUGGUGGGGAACAUGGAUGACGCCGUGAGCAUCACAGUUGCAGUGACCAUCGUGGUCAGCGUGGGCUUCAUACAGGAAUAUCGUUCCGAGAAAUCCAUCGAGGCACUGAAUCACCUGGUCCCAAACCAUGCGCAUCUCGUGAGGAAACGGGCUUCAAAGGCGUCUCCGGGAUCUCGCUCGCCGAUGUGGCCCAGGGCUGGCGACAAGACCCCCGACACGGGCGAGAGCUCCGGCUCGAUUACUCCCGAGGAGGAAGUGCUGGAAGCGACCUCGUCCAAGGUUAUGGCGGCGCAAUUGGUGCCUGGUGAUCUGGUGCUGUUCACCACCGGCGAUCGUAUCCCCGCCGAUAUUCGAGUGACCAAGGCUGCGGACUUGACGAUCGAUGCGUCGAACCUCACCGGAGAGAAUGAGCCUGUCAGAGUUACAGCGAGUACACGUCCCCGUCGCGGACUCGCCACGCCAACUCACGGCGGCGCUACCUUGCAGUUGCCUCAGCCUUCCUUUCCCGGGGCACCUGACGGAAGCUCGGCCACUGGCGCUCAGGGUGACCAGGAUGGACCGCAAAACAUCGCAUAUAUGGGUACUCUGGUGAAAUCCGGCCACGGCCAGGGUAUCGUGUUCGCGACGGGGGGAAACACGCACUUUGGGACUAUCGCGACCAGCGUCUCUGGGACCGAGAGCCCCCGAUCGCCGCUGCAGAUAUCUAUGGAUGAGUUGGGGUCGCAACUGAGCAAGAUGUCCUUUGUUAUCAUUGGGCUCAUCUCGCUGAUCGGCUGGUUUCAGGGGAAGAAGCUGCUCGAGGUGUUCACCAUUUCUGUCUCGCUAGCUGUGGCGGCCAUCCCGGAGGGCCUACCCAUCAUCGUUACCGUCACUCUCGCCUUGGGCGUGCAUCGGAUGGCGAAGCACAAUGCCAUCGUCCGGAAGAUGCCCAAGGUUGAAACGCUGGGCUCCGUCAACGUAGUUUGCACGGACAAGACGGGGACACUGACAAUGAACCAUAUGACGACGGCCAAGAUGUGGUACUUUGGAGCCGACGACGCCUUCGACGUAGAUUCGGACGACGAGAUGACGGAGGCCAAACCAGAUCCUGCCGCGCUUAGGAUUUUGCGCAUUGGGAACAUUGCCAACGAUGCACGCCUCGCUCGCAAGUACAGCGAAAACGGCGCGGCUGCCAGAGCUGUGCUCUCCUCGACGGAGGGCAGAGGUCACACAUCAACGUACACCCGAUGGGUUGGGCAGCCCACGGACGUUGCCAUGCUUGACCUGCUGGAUCGAUUCCGAGAGCAUGACGUCCGAGACUCUAUCGGGCCUCGGGUCAGCGAGACACCCUUCUCCUCGGAACGGAAGUGGAUGGGUGUCACCAUUGGCAGUGAAGGGGGCAAGAGCGACAAGGACUUUGCGUACAUGAAAGGCGCCAUUGAUAAGGUACUGGACGCUUGCGAUACCUAUGUCACCAGAGACGGCAAAGAGGUCGUCUUGGACUCCUCACGGCGGCAAGAGGCCUUGCAGGCGGCGGAGAGGAUGGCAUCUCAAGGGCUCCGGGUUCUCGCCUUUGCAAGCGGACCUGUCGCGAAAUCCCGAAGCAGCAGGUCCGCCGUCGGCGGUGCUAGAAGCAGCCCCGCCGGCGCGGAUGGCGCAGAGAGUCCCGUCCACCACGGCUGUGAGGAGCAGUACAAGGGUCUCACUUUUGCCGGAUUGGUUGGCAUGAGUGACCCUCCAAGGCCUGGCGUCGGGCGCUCGAUCAGGAAGUUGAUGCGCGGCCGCGUCAAGGUCAUCAUGAUUACCGGCGACGCGGAGACGACGGCCCUAGCGAUUGGCAAGCAGCUAGUCAAGCCGGUCCUUCGAGGCGACGAACUUGACGCCAUGUCGGACGAGGACCUGGCGAGGGCGAUGGACCACACCACCAUCUUCGCGCGAACCAACCCGGACCACAAGAUGAAGAUCAUCAGGGCCCUGCAGUCCCGCGGCGAUAUUGUCGCCAUGACGGGAGACGGGGUCAACGAUGCGCCGGCGCUCAAAAAAGCCGACAUCGGCAUUGCUAUGGGCAUGCACGGCACCGACGUGGCGAAGGAAGCUGCCGACAUGAUCCUGACUGACGACGACUUCUCGACCAUCCUCCAUGCUAUCGAGGAGGGCAAAGCCAUCUUCAACAACAUCCAGAACUUUAUCACCUUCCAACUAUCCACCAGCGUUGCUGGCCUCUCCCUUGUCCUUAUCUGCACCGCCCUGGGAUUCAAGUCGCCCCUCAAUGCGAUGCAAAUUCUUUGGAUCAACAUCAUCAUGGACGGCCCGCCCGCUCAAUCCCUCGGCGUCGAAGCAGUUGACAAAGACGUCAUGAGCCGUCCGCCGCGCCGGCGGGGCGACCCCGUCCUGACCAGGCGCCUGCUCACCCGGGUGCUGACGCAGGCGGCCAUCAUCGUGGCCGGCACCAUGCUCGUCUACACGCACGAGAUGCUCGACGACGGGCAGGUGACGCGCCGCGACACCACCAUGACCUUCACCUGCUUCGUGCUGUUCGACAUGUUCAAUGCGCUCACGUGCCGCUCCGAGAGCAAGAGCGUGCUGACUGGGGAGGUGGGGCUGUUCAAGAACGUGCUGUUCAACUGGGCGGUGGCCGGCAGCCUCAUGGGCCAGCUGGCCGUGGUGUAUCUCCCUUGGUUGCAGGAGGUCUUCCAGACCGAAGCGCUGGGGUGGCGGGACCUGGGGGCGCUUGUGCUCCUGUGCAGUAGUGUGUUUUGGGUGGACGAGGGGCGCAAGUGGUGGCGGUACGGCAAGAGGAGCGGGCUUUUAGGUCGGGGUUAUAGCCAGGCGGUUUGAUGGGGGCUUCCAUGGGUUUAACGAGCAUUGGUUAUGCUGUAGCGUGAUGAAUGGAUGCGACCUGGAAUUGGUUUUGGACCAACACAUGUGCGAUCUCGUGUAUAUGAAAUGGGUGUUGUUGGUUAGAUAGAAGUACUUGGACGAGAUUACUGCCCUG